AUAUUAAACCGGGUUGGGAAUAAUACUUUACGAUACCUGGCUAGUGGAAACAGGUUUUAUUUUGUACAAAACCUUGUGUACUUCAUAAGCGUUUCCACUGGCUUCAAGUCAAAUUCUUACCAAGAUGUUGACGUACGGUGUAUUUAUUUGCGACAGAAACGAAGAAGUUCCAUUGAAAAGUCAAUGCGUUCGAUCAUUUUUAAAAGGUCAAGUUGUUGGUUUUCGAUCAACAUUGACGUAUGUCAAUCAUACAGAAAAUCCUCUCGAAGUGUUUUUUCGUACGCCUGUGGACGAUUCCUUUGCUGUAGUAGGUUUGGAGGCUUGCAUUGAUGGCAAAAAAAUCCGUGCAGUAAUACAAGAAAAGGAGAAAGCUCGAGAGAAGUACAAAGAAGCAGUAUCGAGUGGACUAACAGCAGCUUUUGGAGAGGAGAAACAAGGAGAUAUAUUUAGUUUGGUUUUAGGCAAUCUUCCCCCGAAAGAAAUGGCUGUUUUGAUAUUAACUAUGGUUGGUGAACUGAAUGUUGAAGCUGGUGGUGCUGUGAGAUUUGUUUUACCUAAAGUGCUCAAACCUCGUUACACACCGACAGGAAGCAAUAACCCUCUGGCACCCGAAGUAUCUUCCGAUAGUGGGGCAACUGCAAAACAAGGGACUGGACCCGAUUCUUACCAGUUCAGCCUAGAAAUAGAUGAUGCACCAAACAUUGAUAAGGUGACAUCACCAUCACACAAGAUUUUGCUGACAAUGACGAAACAAACUGAUAUUGUCAUUUUAGUGCAACCAAAAGAGAUAAACAAGCCAUUAAUUAUUGUUGAACCAGGUUUAUCAAAUGGUGAAAACAAUUUUCAAAAAUCUUCAGCAAUCAUGGUGAGCUUCAUCCCAGAAUUCAAGGGUGAAAAUAAUUGUCUUCAAGCAGCUUGUGAAUUUGUGUUUGUAAUUGAUCGAAGUGGUAGUAUGGCUGGAUCCUACAUCAAAGAUGCAGCUGAAACACUUCUACUCUUUCUUAAAAGUAUUCCUGAAGGAUGUUAUUUCAAUAUAAUAGGUUUUGGCAGCACAUAUGUUCACCUAUUUCCAGAAAGUGUUCCAUACAAUCAAAAAAAUUUGGAAACAGCUGUAAAACAUGCAGAGAAUCUUCAAGCUGAUUUGGGUGGUACUGAGCUAUUUGAUCCACUUAAAGAAAUAUUUAGUCAUGCACCAAAGAAAGGUUUGCCAAGGCAGGUGUUUGUGCUAACUGAUGGAAGCAUAAGUAAUACUGACUCUGUCAUUCAACUUGUUGAAAAAAACUCCAACAACUCCAGAUGUUUUUCUUUGUUCCAAAGAAAGCUUCCACCUAUUUUUAUUGGUGAAUGUCUCAUUGUAUAUGCAAUUCUUCAUGACAAGUCACCAUCCUCAUCACCUCAAGAAGGAAAAAUACUCCUUACUGGUGAUUUACUUGGAGCUAAAGUAGAGCAUAAGAUGAAGUUUCCAAUCAAACCAGCAGUGAAAAAAGAAACUGCUUCCCAAGUGUCAACUAUUCACCACCUUGCAGCCAAGAAGUUGAUAAAAGAAUUGGAGUUGGAUGGUGGAAAAAAGGCAGAGAUAAUCCAGCUAAGUUGUGACUCCAAUGUUAUAUCAUCACAAACUGCAUUUAUUGCCAUUGAUCAAGAUAGAAAACAAGCAGUUAAAGGAAGUUUGCACAGUUGGGAUUUAAUGCCUCGAUGGGAGGAAGAGUUCAUGUUGAUGACUCCAGUGGCUUGUGCCUUUGCAAAAAAAAGUGCCAGAAGUGAUAGAGAUUCAAUGAACGAUAUACACCGUAAACUUGGUCGUAUGUCUUCUAGAUCAGCUUUUAUACCUCAAGGUUUACCUCCAGAACCAGCACGCCCUUUAAGCCGUAAAAAUGCAACUGUAUGCCGAAGUUUAGAAAGUGACAGAAAUUAUUGAUUAGCUACUCGGUGUAAAAGUUUAUCAAAUGACUACAGAAAACAUAAGGUUUCUCAAGAAAGGUGUUCAACUGCAAACAAAAUUUUAGAAGACACCAAGUUUGGAGGUUAUAUUCCACCUCCUCCAAUACAAACAUUCACUAAAAUGUGUAAAAGUGCAACUGUAAGCCAAAGUUUAGUAGGGGCCAAUAAUUU